AUGGAAGGAAACAACUCGUAUGGAACAUCAUGGGCAGAUCAAUGGGACAGCGGUCCAGACCCAGUAGCGUAUGAGCCCAAAAAGAACGGUUCUGGUGGUGGUGGUAUGACUGCCAAAUAUGGGAAGAAGGUUGGAGAAGGACUUGGGAAGACAAAAGCUGUGGCUUCAACUGGGGUGAAGAAGGUCAAAGAAGGAACCACCACGGGCUUUCAAUGGAUCAAAGACAAAAAGCUUCCCAUCACAUUCAUGUUCGAAGAGAUGCUGAGCUUUGAAAGGAUGCACCAGUUUACUGCUACAAAACUUGACCAAGAUCUGUUUUCUAAUACUGUAAGGUAUUCACUUUCCACCAUGGCAUAUUGGAUAAUGAACAUACUAGAGGCACUCAUGAAUGAUCAGCCUGAACUCAGAAGGCACAACAAAUAUUCUGAACCAUAUGUUGAGUAUAGAUCAGCAGUACAGAAAUAG